AUGGAGUGUGAGAAAUUUAUGGAGGUAGGAAAAACCUUAGGCCUGGAGAAAGCAGAGCUGCAGAAAUUUGUUAAAGAGCAGAUGGAAGAAUUGAAGGAACUAAAGAGAUUAGAAAGGGAAGAUCGAUUAAAGGAAAGAGAAGCAGCCAAAGAACUAGCAGAAAUGGAAGCCGCCAAAGAGUUAAGGGAAAGAGAAGCAGCCAAAGAACUAGCGGAAAUGGAAGCCGCCAAAGAGUUAAGGGAAAGAGAUGUUGCUAGAGAGUUGGCAGAAAUCAAGGAGAGGCAGUGGGCAAGUGAAAGAGAGGAGCGAGAACGAGAAAGACAGUUUGAAUUAACUAAGCUGGAAAUGGAGACCGGUAACCGAGCAGGUUUGUUGAAAUCAAAUGAUGUAAGUGUUCAGAAAGUUAAAUUGAAAAUGAAUGUAUUUCAAGAUGGUAGAGAUGACAUGGAUGCUUACUUGACAAGCUUUGAAAGGAUGUCCAUAGCUCAGAAGUCACCACAGAAGGAUUGGGCAAUUCACUUAGGAACCUUAUUGACAGGUAAAGCUAGAGAUGUAUAUGUAAGGCUAAAUAGCGAAGAUGCGAUGGAUUAUGAUAAACUAAAGAAUGCUCUGUUACAUAGAUACGAUUUGACGCAGGAAGGAUUUAGACAGAAGUUCAGAACAGCGAAAGUAGAAGUAGGAGAAACAUACACACAGUUUCUGAGUAGAAUGACAGGUUAUGUACAUAGGUGGAUUAAAAUGAGUGGAAUUAAUCAAGAUUUUGAAGGAUUGUUUGAUUUAUUAUUGAGGGAACAGCUUUUGAAUUCUGCAAGUACUGAAUUAACAUUGUAUUUAAAAGAGAGAACACCAGAGAGCGCAGAUAAAAUGGCGAGUUUAGCAGAGACAUUUGUAGAAGCCAGAAAAGGAGCAGUCCACAGCAUAAAACAGGAAGAAAGAGACCGGAGACAGUAUGUAGGAGGAGAAAGAGGACGAAUACCGGGUAAGAACUUUUCAAACAACUAUAAUUCACACACUAAUUCACACAGAUGUAGUGAAUCUCAUCGGCCAUGGGCACCCAAGUGUUUUGUUUGUGAUAAAAAGGGUCAUAUAGCCAGAGAAUGUCCAAAUAGGAACAAAUCGACAAGAGAGAUACGUGAUAAAGAGGUUAUUGCAUGUAUGGUUUCAAUGAAGAAAAACAGAUUAGUGGAAAGAGACGAUAGCAAUAUGAAUGUGUUUGUAGGGACAAACUUAGGAAAAGAUACUACCAUCAUUAGAGAUACAGGAUGUUCCACAGUAGUGAUCAGGAAGUGUUUAGUACCUGAGAAUGACAUGACAGGAGAGAUAGGUAGUUAUGUGACUUUAGAUGGCGAGGUGAAAGAAGCCCCAUGGUGUGAGACUUACAUCAAAACGCCUUAUUACACAGGGAAAGUCAGAGCUAUGGUUUUAGAUAAUCCCAUAUAUGAUAUUGUCAUUGGAAACGUGAUAGGAGCUAAAGAUGCCACGAAGAGAGAUAUAGCACAGACAAUAGGAAUCAUGGAGACAAGAGCCCAAGUGAAGAGGAGAAAUCAGAAAAUGCAGCCAUUGAUUACACCAACAAUACAGAUUGAAGGAGUGAAUCCUGAACAGAUCCGAGCUGAGCAGCGAAAAGAUGAAGGUUUGGAAAAAUUAUUUAAAUUAGCAGAAGCAGGGGAAGAAACGCUAAAAGGGAUAAACUUUUCAAAAUUUGUAAUUGAAAAUGAAUUGCUUAAAAGAAAGUCGCAGUCACCUAAUGUUGAACAUGGAAAGUUAUUUGAUCAACUUGUAGUACCAACGAAGUUAAGAGUCAAAGUGAUGAGAGUUGCUCAUGAAACAGUCUUGGCAGGACAUAUGGCUACACAGAAAACGAUCAAUAGGGUACAACGUCAUUUUUAUUGGCCUGGAUUACAAGGGGAUAUUCGCAGGUUUUGCCAGUCAUGCGAUGUUUGCCAAAGAACAAUUCCUAAAGGUAGAGUAGGGAAAGCUUUAUUAGGAAAGAUGCCAGUUAUUGAUGUGCCAUUUGAAAGAGUAGCAGUAGAUUUAGUAGGACCCAUAGAUCCGAUGACUGACAAAAAGAACAGAUAUAUUUUGGUUGUUGUGGAUUUUGCAACUAGGUAUCCUGAAGCAGUGGCUUUGAAGAAUAUUGACACCAGAACAGUAGCGGAGGCAUUAUUGGGAGUGUUUGGAAGAGUUGGAAUGCCAAAAGAGAUUCUUACUGACCGAGGAACUCAAUUUACAUCAGACAUGAUGAAGGAGGUAUGUAGAUUGUUAUCUAUGAAGCAAUUAACAACCACUCCUUAUCACCCCAUGUGUAACGGCCUUGUUGAGAGAUUUAACGGGACAUUAAAAUCAAUGCUUAAAAAGAUGUGUAUUGAAAGACCAAAGGAUUGGGAUCGAUAUAUAGCACCUUUGCUGUUCGCUUACAGGGAGGUACCACAAGAUAGCAUAGGAUUUUCUCCGUUUGAAUUGCUUUAUGGUAGAACAGUGAGAGGACCAAUGCAGAUUCUGAAAGAAUUGUGGACAGAUGAAAUAACAGAUCCAGAAAUAAAGACAACAUAUCAGUAUGUCAUUGAUCUGAGAGAGAGGCUGGAGGAAACGUGUAUGCUGGCACACAACGAGUUAGAAAAAUCAUCAACGAGAUAUAGAAAAUACUUCAAUUCGAAGGCGAAGGACAGACAGCUGAAGGUUGGUGAUCAGGUAUUGUUGCUUUUACCUAAAUACAAGAACAAGUUAGAAAUGAUGUGGCAGGGACCAAACAGGAUAGUAGAGAAGCUGGGAAGUUUAGAUUACAGAAUAAAGAUGGACAACGGGAAAGUAAAAACCUUUCAUGUGAAUAUGCUAAAGAAAUAUUUGGACAGACCAAAGGAAGAGAAUAGAGAAAGGAUAGAAACAGUUUGUGUAGCAGUAGUAGAAGAGGAAGUCGUUGAAGGGGAAUGUACAGAAAAGUUAGAAGGGAAGUUGGGUAUUGUAUUACCAUCGUUAGUUAAGACAGAGACAUGGGAAAGAUGUGAACUUUCAAGUGAUUUAGAUAGGAAACAAAUCCAAGAUGUGAAAGGUGUACUGCAAACAUUCCAAGAUGUAUUAUCAGAUAAACCUGGAAGAACUGAUCUGGAAACAUUCAAAAUAGAAUUAACUUCUGAAGAACCUGUUAGAUUAAAACCAUAUCCAAUACCGUUUAGCUUGACGAAGGUAGUGAAAGAGGAAGUAGAUCAAAUGCUAGAACUUGAUGUGAUUGAGAAAUCUCACUCAGCAUAUGCUAGUCCCAUAGUGUUAGUGAAAAAGAAAGAAGGGACAUAUCGAUUUUGUACUGAUUAUAGGAGAUUGAACCAAAUUGUUGUAUAUGAUGCAGAACCCAUUCCUAAUAUUGAUGAAUUACUCAGUAAAAUUUCAGGAGCAAAAUUCUUCACAAAAAUUGAUCUUUGCAAGGGAUACUGGCAGAUUCCAGUGGAAGAAGAUUCGAGAGAUGCAACAGCGUUCGUUACACCAAAUGGUCUGUAUCAUUGGAAGGUAAUGCCGUUUGGAAUAGUUAGUGCUCCAGCGGUAUUCUCACGGAUGAUGAGAACUCUAUUGAAAGGUUUGAGUAAUGUGAGAAACUACAUUGAUGACAUUUUAAUAUAUACCGAAACAUGGGAGGAACAUCUAGAGAUGGUUGAGACAGUAUUUAACAGACUGAGAGAUGGAAAGUUAACUGCAAAACCGAGCAAGUGUUUGAUUGGAUUCAAAACUUUAGAAUUUUUAGGACAUAUGGUGGGUAAUGGUGAAAUUGGACCAGAGGCAAAGAAAGUGAAGAAAAUCAUGGCAAUAUCUAGACCACAGAACAAAAAAGAGUUGAGAUCAUUUUUGGGACUCAUUGGGUACUACAGAAAAUUUAUUAAGAAUUUUUCAGAAAUUGCAGCUCCACUAACGGACAUGACUAAGAACAGUCAGACUAAAGUGUUACAGUGGACAGAGGGUACGACAGCAGCAUUUAAAACACUGAAAGAAAAGAUGUCAAGUGCACCCGUGUUGAAACUCCCUAAACUUGGGGAACAUUUCACCAUUAGAACGGACGCAUCAGGUAAUGGGUUAGGUGCAGUAUUGAUGCAGGAGAGCGAAGGUGAGGUAUUUCCGGUGUUGUAUGUUAGUAGGAAAUUAAAGGACAGAGAAACCAGAUACGCAACUAUUGAGAAGGAGUGUUUGGCCAUUGUGUGGGCCAUAGGUAAGUUUACACAGUACGUGUACGGAGUGGACUUCACGUUAGAAACCGACCACCAGUCACUGACAUGGUUACACCAGACGAGGUUUGACAAUGCACGAGUGAUGAGAUGGGCAUUGGCACUACAACCAUACAGGUUUGUAUGUAAGAGUAUCCAUGGUAAGGAUAAUGUGUGUGCCGAUCUUUUAAGUCGAUGCGGUGACAGUGGGGAUAUAGAAUAGAUUAUCAAGGUUAUGUAGUAUCCUGUGAAGGAUUAACUUUGACUUGCUGUGACUUGUGAUUUUGGUUUUGUUAGAUAUUUUUAUUUUGGGAAAUAAAAAUUUUAAGUAGGGGAAUGUGUCACAAGUCAAGGGUAAUCUGAUUUUAAUUGUAUGAAAGAGAAUAUGUGGUUAUAUAUUUUAUAACAUUUUUUAUCAUUUAUACAGUAUUUUAAUUUAUACGAAUGAGAGAAGCAUGAAGUAUGAGUCAUAGCUUGUAUCUCACACGUGAAGCUGUCUUUAAUUAGCAAGCAGCUUGUGUGGUAUCUGUUGAGACCAACAACGGGAUGAGCAGCGAGGGGCAAUGUUAGAGUUUGACCAGGUGAUUGGGCUGCGGAAUUAUGUGAAGAAGGGACGAGGAAACUGACGUUGAUGUUAAUUCAUGGAAGUUGGGUACAGCUGAAGUGGAAAUUGAAGUUCCACAUGUGGGCUACUUAUUAGCCAUGAUGUUGUGGUGGUGAAUAACAAGUGUAUUGUUAUCGUGCAGCAUCUCGGUGAAUAACAAGUGUAUUGUUAUUGUGCAGCAGAAACAUAUUGUGUAAAUAUGGCUGUAGUAUUUAGAGCUGAUCUGAAAUGGAGGGUGCUAACUAAUGUUAGUACAUAAUUUAGUUAGAACAAUAUAUGUAUAUAAAAGGUGAUCACGAGGAAGUGAAUCAUAAGGAUUGUGGUAUGAACUGAAACAUUUUAUAUUGAACUGUGUGGUUUUAGUAUAUUAUUUUGUGUGUUGUGAUACGUGAUAUUUUUAUAUGAAAUUAUGUGUAAAGUGGUGAUAAUGUAUGUUUAUUAUAUAUGAGAAGUGUGAGUGUUGAGGGAGUGCUGGUGAUUAGUGGUAUGUGAGAGGGAUAUAAUUAGGGUUAGUAAGUAGGAGUGGAGAAUGAAUGUGAUUGUUAUUUGGGUGCUGUAAAUAAAUGUAAUAUAAUUUA